UAUGACGACAAAGGAAUAACCACAAAGGAACAAUGAGGAUAAAAGAUGGAUUUCUUUAUCUAAUGUGAGACAGUGUGGAUGUCUGGUUUAAACUUUUAUAUAUACAUGUGCUUUGUAACAUGGUACAGGAUAACAAUGCUCUAUGAAUUAUCAUGUGGAUGUAUUUUGUGAUGUAUAAAGACAGUUUGUUAAAGCAAUAAAACAACAAAAAACAGACAUAACUCAACAGAAUGGAGUUAGGGGAUGAUUACCGACAUGGACCGGAAAUUGAACCGGACAGUGAUGUGGACGAUCCAGAUUCGGAGUCACAACUUAGUCAAUGGCUCGGUGAACUAGAAAACUAUGCAAAGGGUCUGGAAGCUGGUGAAACAGGGACUGUCCGACGACGACAGAAAACUGUUGUCACACCUAAAAUGGCAAUGGAGAGCUUUAGAUAUUCUUUCAUGAGCGAAAAUCAAGAUGUAAAUUUUGAUGCAAUUCUCGGAGAGUUAUGUGAACUUGAGACACAGCUUGGUAACGCCCAAUCAGAAAUGAACUACUACAGUGGACAAGGUAUUCCAAAUUAUAUCAAGGAUGAAAAUCGUGACAGCGGGAACGACUUUGCUCAAAACGAACUUGACGCAUUAGCGUCAGAAAUUACACGUAAUUUAGGAUAUAACAAAAAACGACCAAUGGGUGAUCUGGAAUAUUUUAGAACGCAUUACCCUGGUGAUCUGGGUGGAUAUUCUGACUUGGAUAUUGCCGAAACAGAUUCGGCUUUCUCGGAAUCUGCGUCAUUACCAUCGUCGGAGUCGUUCACCUCAAUGGUGACGGUAUCAUCAUCUGCGGAGACUGCGGGAAUGGGCGACGCUAGCAGUACCGGGAGCGGAAGUACCAUAACCCCACAUUCUUUACAAUGUGAUGAGGAAUCAAAAGCCAGACUUAAAGCAGAGAAAAUCAGAAUUGCUCUCGAAAAAAUCAAAGAAGCCAAAAUUAAAAAGUUAUUUGUUCGAGCGUUUGCGUGUGAUGGCAGCAGUAAAAGUAUAAUGGUUGAUGAGAAGAUGACGAUAUUAGAAGUUAUAUCCACGUUAGCCGACAAAAAUCAUGUACGAUUAAAUCUUGAUCUCGCAGUUGUUGAACAUAUGCCGGAACUGUAUAUGGAGCGUGUGUUAGAGGACCAUGACACACUGGUGGAGAACAUGGUCAUGUGGACACGAGACACCAAAAAUCAAAUCAUGUUUGAAUCCCGGCCACAGAAAAAUGAUCUCUUUAAAUGCCCUGAGAGAUACCUAUUGGUGUCAUCAUCAUCAGAGAGAGGGGCAUCAUUGGAUCCAAAACGGAGAGAAAAUCUCAUUCAGGAAUUUUUCUUGGGAUCAGUAACAAAAGUUCCAGAAGUAGAGGGUGUAUUGUAUUUGAAAUCAGACGGUAAAAAAGCUUGGAAAAAAUACUUUUUUGUACUGAGAGCCUCGGGUCUUUACUAUAAUCCAAAAGGAAAGAUCAGCAAGUCACCGAAGGAUUUGACAUGUCUCGUGCAGUUUGAAUUUGUAGAAUUAUAUAUUGGACUGCACUGGAAGAAGAAAUAUAAUGCACCGACUGAUUUCUGCUUUGCUUUGAAGCAUCCACAAAUUCAGAAGAAGACUUCCAAAUUUAUAAGAUAUUUGUGUGCUGAGAACAAAGCUGCUUUGGACCAAUGGAUCAUGGGAAUCAGAAUUGCCAAGUUUGGAAAACAACUUUUGACCAAUUACCAGAGUUUAGAGAGAGAAAUUCUAACUUGGGAUACUCGUGAUUUACGGACAAGUAUUUCUGAUCAAAAGGACGCUGCGGAGGCUUUCGCCGGACUUAAUCAACAAGGCGACCUGACUGAUAGUCGUAUGUCAAUGCCCGAACCUGGUUCCCGGCAUUCUAUAGUUAAUGUAAAAAAUUCUAUGUUAGUUUGUGAAUCAUCUACAGGUUCAGUUACACAUAAUGUUACGUGCUUAGAAAUAGACAAAGUGGAUAAAUUACCAGAAAGAAAGUUGUCAUUAACUGGCGCACAAAUUAGUGAACCAAUACGAAUUGAGAAAGCUCCGGUUAAAAGAGUUUCUUUUAGUAAUACACAUAGUGUUAUCCAUGAUUCCGGUGAGGAGGUGUUACCGGUACGUCAUCGCGAUUCAAUAACAAGUGCUUCCACGGAUUCUAGCGAGGAUUCUGUAUCGAGUGGUGAAGGCAGAUGUGGCGCGAUGUCAACACAUAGAAGUAGUAAAUUACGUGCUAAACUUCCGGUUACCACCGGAACUACCAAACAUUUGUCGGAAAUGGUGCAAACCUCGUUAGAUGGAGGCAGUAUAGGUUCUAUGGAUAGUGCGACAGAUGAAUGGAGACAAAGUGUUACAAGUCCGAAUCAAAAAGAAAUCGCAGAGCGGCGAAAGAGUGCUCCACUUUGUGGAGACAUAUAUUCAGAUCGAAGGUCAGAAGGUCAUGUUAAAGAUCAUAGGUCAAUGUCACAAACAAUUCCAUAUGAUCAGCUUCCUAUGUCACCUUGUUCACCUGUGACAUCUAACCAGUUUCAGUUUAAGGGAUCAAAAGGCAUCAUGUCUCCUCCUCCCCAGAAAGGAUCUAGAACACACUCAAGGUGUUCUUCAAUAUCAUCUGUUGAUUCCUCAGACUCAUACCAAGGUUAUAUUACCAGUCCAACAACUGCCAUACCUAGUGGAGAUAGUUUAUAUAUAGAUCACAGUCAGUCUCCAUGGUCAAAACCUGAGGAAAAUCAAAAAAUUCAAGGUCAAUCUCCUAAACAAGGGCCUCCAACAGCCCAGAAGCCUGCUAGUAUUAAAAAGGGGAGACCUCAUUCAGCCCCCUCUUCUGGCCCUUUAGAAAUGGGACAUAGACGAAAUACAUCAAAAUCUAGUUUAGAAUCUGUGGAAGAAAUUCCAAAAGAAAUGGAAUAUCAAGGUAGUUUAGGACCAAUACCAGUGUCAUCUCCGAUUCCUCCUAGAAAUGUAGGACCGUCCCCUCCUAUCCCUCAUUAUAAUCAAAGUAGGACUCAGUCUCAGCCCAACACUCCCACGGUGCAACAGUCAGCACCCAAGUACCCAAAUCAGCAUCCUAGGGUGGAUCUUACCCAGGCCAACAUGACAAAGGGGACACAUUCUGCCCCUGCAACUCCCCAGCCAGCUUCUCCAGUACCCACAAGUGCUAUUGGGUGUCUUUCCCCUCGUUUAUCUGGCCAUCGAAGCUCUAUUCCCAAACCUGUGGCUCCACCUAUGGUCCCAGUUACAAACCCUAACCCUCCACCCCUUGUUCCCCCUGUCCCUAGAAAUCCAACAACUACAGUUAAAACACAUAAGAAGAGACCUUCAGGCGGGAAUAUUGUUGUCAAUGGCAACCAAGUAAUGACGGGGUCGCUGGGUGCACCAGACAUUGUUGCUACACAGAGGUCAAAUCAAGUGAUGACUUCAGAAUCUCAAGGUAAUAAUGCGAAUAACAAUGAAGAUAAAAACUAUGCAUCUCUACCAUUUAUGGCUGAAUUAAACCAGCAUAUGCAUCCGUCUCACAUUAAUAGUCCCGAGACAUUACCACAGCAGACGGAAAAUAGAAUUCCACCUCAAACAUUGCCAAAACCAAGUGACCAAAGAGUGAACGGAAAUAUAAGUGCUUGCCAAAUGGAUUAUAAUAGUAGUUCAUAUCCGUAUUGUUACGCUUCUCAUCAAACUGAUACUGCGAACAAAUCUUCAUCGUCAUCACAACAUGGUAAAAAAAAUAUGCCGCCACCACCACCAAAACGAAGUCAAAACACAAAGUUAUCAACAUCUAUGAACUCACAAAAUAAUUCAGUAGACAUUUCCAACGUGCCAAACGAAGAAGAUCAUAUAGACCCUAUUUAUGAUAAUUGUGAAGGUAUUUUAGAUAUUUCUGACCUUCCGCCUCCACCACCCGAACUUUUAGAGGACUUUGCUGGUGAAGGUCAGUGUCAAGAGGAGGGUCAAAGGUCAGGGAGGGUUAAAGCUCCGCCUCCACCCCCGCCCCCUAAAAGAAACAAAGAAACUCAUCUAACUUCCUAGUCAUGAGUGUUGUGAUAGAGUUAUAGCCCCUUUUUCUACAAAUUUUUGAAAUGUUUUUUUCUUUACAUUAUCUUUAUUUUUAUUUUGCUGAUAUUGUGUAUAAUUAUUCACAAAUUCUCAUUGUCACAAUGUAUUUGAAGUUCUAGUUUUGUUGGCUAAUUUUGUAUUUGUGAGGAUUACUGUUGGAUUAAUUUUUAGAAGAUUUAAGAUAUAACUGUUAUAAAUUGCUGGUUAAUUUGAUCAAGUUAAAACAAAAUGUUUAAUUGAUAUUUUAAUUUAGAUUUUAAGUAUAUUCUUGUGAAACAAGAAAGACUGUUAGCUUGAAAUAAAGCAUGAUUGUAGGUUUUUAAAUACAAGCUGAACCUUGUUUUCGGGGAUUUUUUCUUUUCAUUUUCUAAUAAAUUUUAGGACUACGUUAGCUAAGGUACAUGGGACAGGGAUGUUAAAGUACUGUUAUAUCUGUAAUUGCAUUUAUGUAGGAUGAUAUAUGUGGGCAUUUGUUAGGGAAGUUAAUUUGAAUAUUAAUCUUUCCCUUGCUGAAACUGAAAGUAAAUUGACAUUACCAUGGGUGUAGAACUGGCCCGUCAUUAUAUUCAUGUUGUAUGGCCAGGAGAUGUACUAAUUGUAGCUUUUUAUUAU